CUUCUAUUUUGAUUUGCUUCUACUCAUUUUAAUUCCUUCCUCUGCUCAUUUCAAUUCCUUCCAGACUUGAUUUCUUUCCCUCUAUUUUGAUUAAAGUUUAAAGUGAUUUAGGCCAUAGAGAUGUAUCUUCGUCAGGAUCUGCGCUGUUUGAAGAAAUUUCAAAGCAAGAAGUGCGAAAUCCCAAGGACAUGUUGUCGGAGCUGUCAUCUCUGGAGAUUCUUAGGAAUUAUGGAGGGGGGUUGACGAAAUUGAAAGUGGAUGAAUUUGGUGAUGGUCCUGGUGGAAAGAUUAAUAGUGGCGGUGAGAAACUCGCAACGAAGGAAAUCAUGAGGGUUACUGGAGCAAGUGUAAAGUCCCUUCACUUGCCUUGCUUACUUCUUAAAAAAUACUCUCUGAAACGAGCGGUGGCAGCGAUCACCCGGAAGCAGCAGCCGGCCGCGAUGGACUCCAGAUCUGGACCUCCUGCGAGCGCCGCCACAGAUCAACCGGAAGAGGGGAAGGCCGCCGGAUCUGUACAAACACAACCAAGAAACAGCAAAACAACCAAGCAAACCCACCCAAAAACAAAAAAAGAAACUGAAAAAGCAAAAGCCACCAGAGGGGCCAACAAAACCGACAGGCCUCGAGGGCCAUCAGAGCAUAGAGCAUAGGGGCUCCACCAUGCUUGAGCAGUCGGGGGGCCCGACGGCUCAAGCAUCAAAACGCGAAAGCCCAAGGGCUUCCAAUCAAAACAGAGGGUCGCCAAUAAGAGAGGUCAGGAGCAGGGAGAAGAAAGGGAAAAGAAGUAAACGGUAUCAUUUAAA